AUGCACAACCGCGUGGUUCACGUACCCUGGCACAUGCCGCUCGACCCCAGCGGCAAGCGCAUCAUCACUGACGACGCCAGCGGGGACUCGGUGAAGAGGUUCUACGUGGUCCUCGGUUUGGAGGAAACGGAAGCUUACGCCUCGAGUCGAUCAGUCGCGUACUGUCCCACUGGGGGCGGCGGCGGCGACCUCAUAGGAAUCCUCCACACACACACACACACCAAAUCCAUCAUGCUGAGACCUUGCCCGCUUGGUGCUUGCUUUGAGUCUCUCUCCAGUGAAGCGCCGCCACCUGCGCACGCAACGCCAUCAAGCAGCAGAUGUAGCGACAGGCACACAGACAGCCACGGAUCCUCCCCCCUCCCCCUUCAACUUUUCUCAAAUAGCAACUCGUGUUUCUCAUGUCUUUUGUGUCGCUAG